AUGAGUUUCCUCUCGGAUUACCUCCGCCACAAGCGGGACUGUAAAUCUAAGCGAGCCGAGCGUCAAGAACGCAUCGCCUCGCUCGGUCCGGAAUACCGAGCCGCGCUUUCCGACAACGACCUCGACACCAUUAACAAGCCCGUCACCGAGCUUGUGUCCGGCAUCCAGUCCCAUGCCAUCUCUCCACUCUCCGUCCUCCGAACCUACGGCAAGGUUGCCGUCAAAGCCCACGCCAAGACCAACUGUUUGACCGAGGUCCUCAUCUCUGCCGCCGAGGACUCCCUCCAAAACUCCAAAGAAAUCAACCUCCAAGGUCCCCUGGCCGGAAUCCCCGUCAGCUUGAAGGACACCAUCAUCGUAGGCGGCUUCGACACCACAGUCGGGUACUCCUCCUUCGUCGGCAACAAGGCCUACAACCCGCGAGACGGGCCGAUGGUGCGUCUCCUCAAAGACGCCGGCGCCAUCCCCUACGUCAAGACCAACCUGCCCAUCUCUCUGCUCAGCUACGAAAGCACCAACGACGUGUGGGGCCGCUGCACGAACCCGUACAACAAGGCGUACUCGCCGGGCGGCUCAACGGGCGGCGAGUCGGCGCUCCUGGCAUGUGGCGGACGCAUCGGCAUCGGUAGCGACGUGGCGGGCAGCGUGAGAGUGCCGGCUCACUUCAGUGGGUGCUACUCCCUGAGAUGCGCGACGGGCCGCUGGCCCAAGGCGGGCAUCCUGACUAGCAUGCCGGGCCAGGAGGGAGUGCCUAGUGUCUACUCGCCUAUGGCGAGGACGCUGGAUGAUUUGAGUUACUUUACUAGGGCGGUGAUUGGGAUGAAGCCGUGGAAGUAUGAUCACUCUGUUCACCCGCUUGCGUGGAGAGACGAAGUGGUGGACGAGUACGCGGAUCAGGGAAGGAAGCUAAGGGUGGGCGUCUUGAGGACAGAUAGGGUGGUUGAUCCCAGCCCGGCGUGCAAGCGGGCGCUGGAGAUGGUGGAGGAGGCGUUGAGGAGGGAAGGGCACGAGAUCGUGGAGAUGGAUGAUGCGCCUGAUAUGUUUGAGGCGCUGAGGAUGGGGGCGUUGUUGCUGAAUGCCGAUGGCGGCUGGUGGUUUAAUUCGUACAGGAGGUUUGGUGAGUGGUUGGAUACGGGAGCGAGCCUGUUGUCGUUUGGCAAGUGGCCGAGCAUCGUCCGGUAUCUGGGGUACCUAUGGGUAAGGUACAUCCGGAGGGAUAACCUCUGGGCAGAGCUUGUGAAGCAGACGAGGCCCAUCUCGGCAGCGGAGAACUGGGGCGAGGUCAAGAAGAGAGAAGCGUAUAGGGCCGAGUGGUUCGAGUACUGGAACAGGAAGCAGUUCGACGUGCUUAUUUCACCCCCCAAUGCGCUGCCUGCUAUUCCUCAGGACGCCUCGAAGGACACGUUCAGCAACUGUGGAUAUUGCUUCCUUUUUAACUUGCUCGACUACACAGCCGGCGUCAUUCCCGUCACACAUGUUAAUGGUGCCCUCGACAAGCUCCCGAGCACCUUCAACCACAGGAAGCUCAACGGCAUUGCGGCCAGAGCGUACAAAUACUACGACGCCGAACGCAUGCAUGGUCUUCCGGUCGGUGUGCAGGUUAUUGGCCGCCGUUUGGAAGAAGAGAAGGUCCUUGUGGUAAUGAAGAGAGCAGAGGAUGCGCUCGGAGAGGACAAGUACAAGCUGUUCGACCCGAAGUUGUUGGAUAACGUCGUGGAUUAG